AUGAUGACGACCACUAUGCCAAGGAUGACACCCCCAACCAUCAUCACAAUAACUGUGGUAGUUCAACCAGCGGGCUUGGCUGGGGGAGUCGAUGAAUGCCUCGAUCAGACGCGUUGCUUUCGUAUCUACACGGACAGCGAGAAGCUGGAAAACCUUCGACAUAAAAAGGAGCUGAUUCGAUCUCACAGGGCACAAAGGAUCACGAGCACUCGUCGCAGCACCAAGAUAGCACGGACCCUACUCUGCACCAAUGACAAUGACUGGCAGCCUAGAGAGACGCUAGAUCUCAGCAGAUUUCUUCCUCCACAUUAUAUAGCAUCCAAGAAAGUUCGGGAAUUGAUCGAGGACAAACAGAAGAAAUUAUGGCAUACACCACAUUACGAGAAUGAAGUGAAACUGAAACAAUUGUACAUCAAAAUCUGCAAAAAUCUGCCAACAUAUGGGUGCAAACUGUUUCAGGUGAAGGAAAUCCUCAGGGGAAACACUCAGAAGAAGGUUUCACGUCUGCUAGCCAUCUCCAGCGAAAAAAUAAUGUUGCUGGACACAAAAACACAAGUGCCAGCAAAAACCCAACAGCUGAAGGACAUGGAAGAUUGGUUGUCUGGUGCUGGUAAAGCUCAUGACAGUUUGGUUUUGGAAUUCAGAGGCACAAAACCCUGGACACUGGCUAUGCCAUCUGUAGACUGUCUCAAAUCUGUGACGGCAGCGAUUUGGGAGGCUCUAGACAUGGAUGGUCGGUUUCUCAACAAUGGCGCAUUGCAGAGAGAUAGCUUUGAAUUUGAUUACCAAAGGCGACAGUUGACUCCAAGACCUGAGCUAGAGCCACUAAGCAAAUACACUGAUGAGCUGGACACACUCAGAAAGUUGUUGCAUUUUCCAGAAGAAGUGGCAAUGUUGUUAACGGAUGCAGAGCAUCAGCUCUUCACCAGUGUUCCACCUCAGCACUAUGUCAGGCAUGUUACCAUGGAGCUGUCUCGGCCCCUGCUGCAGAAAACCCAGCCAUCAAUAGAGCAGCUUAUUCAAAGGUUUAAUGAGGUCAGUUCAUGGGUUACCCAGCUGAUUGUCACUCAAGCCACACAUGAUGAUAGAAAGGCGGUCCUGUCCUGCAUCCUCAGACUGGCUGUUUACUGUUGUGUACUAGGCAACUUUAACUCUGCUGUAGAAAUACUCUGUGGCUUGAGAUCAGAGAAACUGAAACCUUUCUGGCUGUCCAUUGAGGAUGAAGAUCUUUCAACAUUACAUUCCUUGUCAGACAUGUUACUUUCUCGAGAUUUAUCACCAAAAUAUCGAGAGGCCAUCAACCGUGCACUGGAUAUCCCAGAAUGUAAAGUUGUUCCAUUUUUUGGUAGUUUUCUUCGAGAGCUGAAAAGUAUUUUUGUCGGGGUGCCAAGCAUCAUUGUUCUGCCUUCAGAAGAGAACCAGUCUUUGGAGUUUGUAUCAGACUUCAAUGGGGAGGAUCGUUUCAUGACCCGCAUUGGUGUUGGAGGCCUGGUGAACCUUGACAAGCUGCGGCAGGCACAUAUUGUACUCAACGACAUUCACCUGUUCCAGUACCAUGGCAAGCUCAUGUCUGGAUCUGCAAGCAACUUGGAUGAAGGCGCCAGCACAACCAGCCAGGAUACGGAGUCUACUUGUUAUGAAAGUGAUAGCGAUUAUGACCUAGACCUGGACAGCUAUCAGCCUGUUCGACCUCUGGCCAGCGAGCACGAUGUCAUGCUCAUCACACCGAGGAUUCUGGAUCUGAGCCUACAUACUCUGCAGAUUCUCAAUCAUGGAACAACGCUGAUCCAGUGGGAUGAAGAUGGAGGUCGAUCUUCUCUGUGUGUACUUCGUCUGGAGGCAGAUAACGCCACCCUCACAUGGUGCCGACCUGGCUGGAGUGCUCUGCGUGGAGUUACCUCUCCACCCGACUUUACUAUGCAUGCUGAUCAGUCCCAUGCGUCUUUAAGAAUUCUUUACGCCCGCUAUUCCAGUGGCAGUGAGGACAAUUAUAGCUCUCUAGAAGAAGGAUAUUUGGAUGUAAUGCACAUUAAAGAAGUUUACCUGGGUGAUGAAUCAGUGGACUUGUCUUCCAUAGCCAAAAGACACGGACUUGAACUAAGUGACGCGGAACACAAAUGUAUCACAGUGGUCCAUGGAAGCUGUAUGUCGACUAACCACAAGCUUUGGUUCAUUGGCCCUAAGGGCGUAACAAUGGCUUGGUACCAGGGUUUAUGCAAGCUUCGAGUGGCAGCAGUGAAACUGAAGAAUCAAAUGGAUAAACGAGUCCAGUGGUUGAAACAACAGUAUCUUCAGUUGUACUAUGAAGGGGAAAAAUGUCAAGGACCAACACCUGCCGAGGCUAUUAAG